GAUCAUUUGAUAUCAUGCCUGGUGCCUAUUCUCUCAAGUUUAGAUUUUCUUCACCAAUCUAGCCCACCACAUCCCUCACGUGACACAACCCCCCUAUGAAAGAGUGGUAGAUUCCAGUCGAAUUAUUCCCACAUAAUUAGAGAGAGCGGUGUAGUAGGGAGAGUAAGAACACAAGACCAUCUGAUGUUGUUUCUCCCAUAGUAAACCCUCAUCUGCUUCCUGCAUCUUAUGAAUUUAAAAUCACAUGCAUCCAUCCAUCCAUAAGGGAGUGAUGCCGGUGGUACGUACAGAUCAGUUUGUGAGGUAUGCCAGAUUGUGUCUGGAGGAGGAAAGCCGGAAAUAGCGAUUCAUUUAUGAUCACAUUUUAGCCAUGGUGUCCAGAUCACGAGAGGGAGGUGCUUUCUGCAAGGUUCUGAAGACACUGCCAUCAAAAUGGCAUCUCAGAGCCCUGUCGUCAAGCAGAUAGACAAGCAGUUCCUGGUGUGUGGUAUCUGCCUGGAUCGCUACAAGAUACCCAAAGUCCUUCCAUGCCUUCACACCUUCUGCCAGAAUUGUCUGGAGAAUUACGUCCCUUCGGAAUCUCUGACCCUGACCUGUCCACUCUGCAGGCAGCAGUCCAUCGUACCAGAGAGAGGUGUUGCAGGUUUACAGUCCAAUUUCUUCAUCACGAACCUGAUGGAAGUUCUGGAGAGACCAGAGAGCAAUGGGGGAGGAGACUCACCUAUUGGAGAUCAGAUGCUCUCUUGUGCUAGCCAUGAAGGGGAGCCCUUGACAUACUAUUGUGAUAACUGUGAGACGGCUAUAUGUGAGGAGUGCACAGUGACGGAACAUUGCGAUCACAGUACAGUAUUACUAGCUAAUGUCAUAGAGGAACACAAAGAGACACUACGCAAGAUCCUUGAGGAAGCCAAAACGCAGAUACCCCAACUCAAAGAUGCAAUAGCGAAGGUGACCUCAAUAUCAUCAAGGUUGUCAGAGAAGAAGGUGAAAGCAGAAUCCCAGAUCACUGAAUCCUUUGAGAACCUUGAAGAGGAAGUUCGAGAAAGAAAGACAGAGAUGAUCAAGGAACUUGAUACCGUUCAUAGUGCAAAACAAAGUGUGCUACAAAGACAACGUAGUCUUCUGCAGGAGAGCUUGAAUAGUAUAGAGAAUAACUGUGACUUUACUAAGCAAGCACUUGCUAGUGACAAUGAAACACAUGUACUGUUAGUUAAGAAGCAGAUGCUGAGUAGAUUACAGGAAUUGUCACAGCUUACUAUGCAACUCAAACCAGAGGAGAAUGACUACAUCAACGUGUCGUGCGACAUUGAUUCCAUUCAGAAAAGCAUUGCUAAUAUUGGGCUUGUGCAGUCAAACAGUGCCGUUCCACAUGAGUCUGUGGCCAGUGGUGAGGGCCUGAAGCGUGCAGUGAUUGGUGAUCAAACAGCUGUCACCAUCACCACUAAGAACAGCCGAGGUAUUCUGGUCAAAACUGGCAAUGCUCCUCUUUCAGCACAACUAAGAACUCCUGAUUCAAAAGUAGAUGAUCUGCCAAUUCUGGACAACCGCAAUGGUACCUAUGAUGUAAUCUUCACUGUGCAAAAGGAGGGUAGCCAUAGUCUUGUCAUAAAGCUCUUUGAUGAGCAUAUAAGAGGAAGUCCAUUCAAGCUCAAAGGUUGUAAAGAUGAUGGUUCAACUACUCCAAAGUCACCUUCGGGUAAGAUUCCAGUCAGGACUAGUGUUAGGCAGAAAGCCACCCGCAGGCCUCAGAGUGCCAGCGGAAAUAUCAGAACAUUCCGAAGCAAUAAUCCCAUUGAGGAUGAUUUGAUUAUGACUAUUGGAACACAUGGGCGCAACAAAGGUGAAUUCACCAACCCUCAAGGUAUAACUUCAACUGCAUCAGGACGUAUUCUGGUGACCGACAGUAACAAUCAGUGUAUUCAAGGAUUCAACUCCAGUGGGGAAGUCAAACAGCGAUUUGGUGUCAGGGGUCGUAGUAAUGGACAACUCCAACGUCCAACUGGAAUAGCCGUCAGUCACAAUGGCAACUACAUCGUUGCUGACUAUGAAAACAAAUGGAUAAGCAUCUUCAGUCCUGACGGGAAAUUCAUUAGCAAGAUCGGCACCGGCAAACUAGUGGCUCCAAAAGGAGUUGCAGUGGACAAUAAUAAUAACAUCAUUGUUGUUGACAACAGAGCAAGUACCAUCUUCAUCUUCUCUCCAUCUGGGAAAGUUCUGAAUAAGAUUGGAUCAAGAGGAGCACAGGAUCAACAGCUAUGUGGCCCUCACUUUGUGGCUGUUAAUAAAGACAACCACAUAGUAGUCUCAGACUUCCACAACCAUUGCAUCAAGGUCUUUGGUAUUGAUGGUCAGCUGAUUACAUCUUUUGGUUCCAGAGGGGAGGGUAAUGGUCAGUUCAACGCUCCAACGGGGGUCGCUGUGGACAACCUUGGAAACAUCAUAGUGGCUGACUGGGGCAACAGUAGAUUACAGGUUUUUGAUUCCAGUGGUUCCUUCGUGUCAUACAUCAACACCAUGGGGGAUCCGCUGUACGGUCCUCAAGACAUCUGCAUCACCAGCGAUGGGCACGUAGCUGUGGCCGACUCGGGCAAUCACUGCGUCAAAGUCUACAAGUACUUACAGUAGGAGGCACAAAAGUUCUGAGACCCUGACAAAAUGAUCCCUACCAA